AUGCCGAUAAAAAUUCCCGCCGACCGGGAAACCCACGUCAAUAGGAAGAUUGAGAAUGGCAACGCAGACGGCAGCGCAGAAGCGUCUGCCCAGCGCCGUCGGUUCCAGCUACCAGCUUGGCUGGACCACUUCAACAAACACGACUUGAAGAUCGUUCUUCGCUGUUGGGUAGCUAUCUGGGUGGCAUCCCUGUUAAUGUUCAUCGGCCCGGCCCUGCACAGCAUCGGAAUCGCCACAUUCUUCGGCGCACUUUUGCUGUACAUUGUGCCUCCCAGCAGCAUACUGAUCAUCUACCUUUUGGCAGCUUUGUCUCUUCUAUUCGGUAUGUGUUUGGCCUGGGCAUGGGGACUAAUUACCAUGAAAGCCGCCUUGGCCGCGCGCCCAGACUCGCAAACUAUGGCCCGACUGCUCCAACUGAAAGAAGAGGCCGCCUCACAGGCCAAGCAAACUGGGCAAAACCCUCUAGCAAUAGCAGAAAACCUCAUACAUGACGGCUUUAUGUUUGAUGCUCGAGUCACUGUUAUCUUCUACGUGAUGAGUUGCGUCUUCGUGUAUGUGAUGGCGCGACUGAGGGUGCUCAAUCAGAAGUUCGUUCUCGCGGAGAUAUUCGGCAUCAUCGUCAUGGACCUGUUCCUGCUCUUCGGUCCAACCCUCCCAUCAUGGAAUGGGGAGGUCGCCAAAGUCCUCGUUGAGCCGGGUGCUAUAGGGAUCGCUCUCGGCUUCGCGUGCUGUUUGUUGCUGUUCCCGCAGUCCACAUCAUACGCGAUUCUGUCUCAAAUGGAGAAAUUAGUUCUCAUGGGGCAUUUUCCAUUAGAAUGCACGCGGGACAGGUUGACUGAAAAGCCAGUAGACCUUGCCCAGAUGAAGUGCUCCAAAGCAAAAUAUAUUGAGACGUUCAAGGCUAUGAAACCCAUGAUGGCUUUCCUACCACUGGAUAUCUCCCGUGGCCGAUGGGGUGCCGAGGAUAUUAAGAGUCUUCUUGCUCCUGUCCGGCAGAUGAUGCUUACUCAUAUCGCUCUUUUGGACUUUCACAUCGCUCAACAACGAGCCCAUGAGAAGAUAAGUAAGAUGAAGUCAGACUCAGGUGGUGAAAACGGCGAUGCAGGUACAAAAGAAAAUACCUCCCCUUUUGGAAUGGGAAAUCGGCAGUUGCAAGAAGGAACAUAUAUGAUGCAUGCCCUUCAGUCCCCAGAGAUUGGAGAAAUCCGAUCCAAUACCACGCUGGCCCUCAGACAAUCUACCACAGAGUUGUUGCAUGUAUCUUCGGAAGCCAUCAGCUUGAUCGCUGAAUGUAUCCGUCUAGUCAACACGCGUCGAUGGUUCCGCCGACACCCGGCCGAGAAAUUUGACCAGAUGGCUUCUCGUGUGGAGGAAAUUCUGGAUCAACUGCGUUCUGCCAAGAAGAGCUGUGCCAGUGAAACCACAGAAGGAUUGAUCGAGAGCCACAUGGAUCUUUUCGACGAAAGCGGUAAUCUCAAGUCUCCAGAUCUUCAAGGUCCGUAUGCCCUUCGCGCCCUAGUCUUGGGCAUGGUAGCCGAAGAAAGAAUUCUUGGAUCAGCAACGGCCACAGAAAGUCUUCUGGCUCGGAUAUUGGGAUUAUGUAGAACACGCACCAAGCACCGCAUAUGGUAUCCGUGCGGCGUUCGCUACGCUGUAGCCUGGCUGGUCAACGGGCACCAGAACCCUCCUUUGUCUGGAAUGCCUAUGGGUAGCGGAGAUGAUCCCACCAUACUGGAUGACCAAGUCCAAGAAGCACAUCGCCAGCUUGGUAUAAGCCAUGGCCUUGGAGUGAGGCGUCGUCAAGGCAGGCUAAGCAAUAUCAUCAGGCGCAGCUGGCAUUGGCUCACUGAUACGGGAGGCAUGUAUGCCAUCCGUAUGGUGGUGGUCACAAUUGCAACGGCUAUUCCGGCGUCUUUACCAGCGACCGCGGGAUUUUUCUACCGCGAAAAGGGAAUUUGGGGCACAAUCACGGCGCAAAUUGGGGUGGUUAUCUACAUGGCAGACUUCACUUUCUCAUUUGUUAGUCGAACCGCUGGCACCAUACUUGGUGGCGUAAUGGGUAUGGUGGCAUGGUAUAUCGGGUCGGGCAAUGGCUUUGGUAACGCAUAUGGAUUGUCUGCUAUAACCGCAGCAAUGACAUUAGUCUUGGUCUGGUGGCGACUGUUCCUGCCGCCCGCACUACUGCCAUGCGCUGUCAUGAGUGGCGCGACUUACGUGCUGGUGAUCGGGUUCAGUUACGACGAUAAACAUACUGAGCAAUAUGGACUUCCAGGAUACGGAUACGAAGCUUUUUACAAACGCUUAGUGACCGUUCUAUUGGGGUUAGUCGCUGCGUUCGUUGUCCAGAUCUUUCCCAAACCUCCGUCGGCAAGUCGGCAUGUCCGCAAUUCGCUUUUCAACGCUAUUCGCAUCUUAUCAGACCACUAUGCCCUGCUCCUUUCCCAUUGGGGCCGAGCGGAUGACCCUAGCCCUGUCAACGUCGUGGCAGAGAAGAUAUCCCUUGACUUGGCCGAGACACUCCUCUCCCUGCAAGGACCCAUCAAUCUGUUGAAAUUCGAGAUCAGCUUCGGCCCGUUCGAUCAGGGAACUUUUCUUCAAAUACAAGAACUAAGCCAGGAUAUGAACCAAUCAAUAGGCCGACUGCUUGCUCUGACGGGAUCCCUCCCCUUAGAACUGCAGCAUCGUCUUAUGCGCAAUGUUGGCAUCAUGGAUGACACCAUCAUUGAUUCCGUCAUGGUCGUCCUCGGAGUAAUCAACCAGUCUUUAAAGACAGGUGAUCCUCUACCAGAAAGAUUGCCCGCACCGCUACUUAAUCGAUGCUAUGUAGCUUGGCACGCGGAGCACCGCAAGGCAGAGUUUAGUACGGACUUGGUGCGUAGUGAAGAUUACCGUCGGUAUUGCGUGGCGGUCAGCUCUUACUUAAAGUUUUUGUCUGCGGUUGAUGAUAUACUGCUCGUGCUCAAGGGGGUACUGGGGGAAAGUCAUAUUGUGAAUCCAUGGCGAGAAGAGAGGAUACCUGUAUGA